AUGAAGGCGACGGAAAACGAGAUCAAGUCUGUCGGCCUUACCAUACUAUACGAGCCCGACGAGCCCGUUGACCCAGUCGUUGACAUUGUCUUGGUGCACGGGAUCGGGGGCCACCCGGUCAGGUCUUGGAAAUGGCACAGAACCCAUGACCCUCCGCCCACGGCCAAAUCGGCAAAGUCGUCGGUCGGGACGGGUUCGUUUAAGAAGCUGCUGAGGAUGAACAACACGCCCUUGCGACGGUCAAACUCGGAUCCAUUGCUCGGCCUCAAACAGGACUCGUCGGGCCGCAGCAGGAACGUCCUCCGGAAAAACUCGUUCAAGUCAUCCUCGCAGUUAAAACUCAAUAUUGUCGACGGUGGCAGGGAUCCGCCGAGGAGGAAGGACGCCGAGCUCUACUGGCCGCUGGCGCUUCUUCCGGCAUCCUGUCCCGCCGCGAGAGUCCUGGUCUGGGGGUAUCAUACGCUUGUGGUGGACGGAAAACCUUUGCGCCUUCAGAAUGACAUCUUCGCGCAUGCUAGGGAUCUCCUGUGGGAUCUGGCGAGCGCUCGGAAUGCCAGUAAUACUAAUAACCGAUCCAUCAUCUUCAUUGCCCACUCGACUGGCGGGGUCGUUGUCAAGGAGGCCCUGCGUCUAGCUGAGGCGGAAAGCGAAGGCCCGUUCAGGCAGGUGCUGCUGUCAACCUCGGCCACGAUCUUCCUGGGAUCACCCCAUCGUAAUAGCGAACAUGCCCGACUCGGUGAUGUUGUCAGAAGCAUGGCCAACCUCACGCUUCGGGUGGACGCGGAGGACAUUGUUCUCCAAGAGCUCACUGGAGCGAACAGUGUCGAACUAGAGCUUAGCCGUCGGGAGUUUGUCAGGCUGUGGAACGAUUACAACUUCAAGGUCAAGACGUUUCAGGAGUCCAUGGAAAGCAGUACUGCAAGGCCAGCUGCUUUCCUUCGGCGCCAAGCGAGCUUUUUCGGAAACCCCAAAGAGUCCGCCGAGACGAUACAGGCAAGCCAUCUUGACAUGUGCAGGUUUCACUCGGCAGAGAACAGCGGGUAUAGGUUGCUCAUAAACACCCUCGGGAGGUAUAUCCGCAACGAGUCAAGCCGGUUGGAUACUGACACGCUACAUACAGAGUGUUUCGCUGCUUUGUCCCAGCCACAGGUCCGGACCCUCUACGAAACGCAUCCGAUCACCACUUACCCCGGGACGUGCCUCUGGUUGUACGAUCUUCCCGAAUUCCAAGCCUGGAUCCUCUGGCUCAAAGGCCAAUCUGGGUCUGGGAAGUCGGUACUUCUGAGGUCGCUUCGGCACCGGAUCGAGACGCGAUGGAGACCUGCUGGUGGCUCCAUCAUCUGGGCCAGAGCCGGAGGGCAAGACACCAGUAGCAUCUUCUUCCCCGGCUCGUGCCGCCGAUACAACGAACCGAACCCCAGCAGAGUCUACCGCAGCCUGCUGACCCAGCUAUUUCUCCAGGAUCCGCACCUCCGGAAAGCGCUGAUUACCCUAUACGAGAAACAUCGCGAUGCCCCGCACACAUUUGACGACGCCCAAGUUGUCUCGUUUUUCGUGGACGAUUACAUCGACCAGAAGGUCGAAACGCCGACGAGGCGGACCUUCAUCUUUGUCGACCUUUCCGACGACUGCGGGCCGUCUUAUCUGAGAGAUUUGUUGGCAUCUCUGUCCCAGCUCGCGAGAAAUUCAGACUUUAGUAUUUGCGUUGCUAGCGGCCAGCCCCAGGGCGUGAUCGCAGACGGUGCGAUUAACAUUCCCAUGCACCCACGAAAUUCCGACGACAUCCUGCGGUAUGUCAACCUCAACCUCGUGGCCGAGUGGGAGGAGCGGAAUCGGACAGUGGUGCGGAUCGGGCAGAAGGCUGGCGGAGUCUUCUUAUGGGCAGAAAUCGUCGUCAACAUACUGAACGCGGCGAUAGGGGAGGGCGCAUCCCAAGAUCUGAUCGAGUAUACUCUGGAGGAGAUGCCCGAGGAGCUCCACGGCCUCUAUGAAUGGAUGUUGGGUACGCUGAACGAGAGCGAAAAGGAGGAGGCCUUAGUCCUCUUCCAGUGGGUUAUCCUGGCGGCGGAGCCGAUGCGGCUCAACGACCUCCUGAUCGCCGUUCGCCUCACGAAGACGUGGCCCUACGAAGAGUUCAGGCCGUACAUGGCGCUGCAACACGGAACACCCUUGUCCAUGAGGGACCUGAAAAAGAUAAGGAACUCGGAGGUCACCUCGGACGCGCCCUACCAGUUGCACCGCUGGAUCCGCAGCCGCUCGAUCGGCCUCCUCGAGCUGAGGUCGGAGAGUCGCGACGGCGUCCCCAAGGAGCCAUGGGGCCUUCAGAUGGUGCAGGCAACGCACGACUCUGUCCGGACAUUCUUCCUCUCGGGCCAGGGGUUCGCGUGCCUCGCGCCCGCGUCGUGGCCCGCGUCGUGCAAGACGGGGGAGCACAUCGACCGGGCACACUACUCGCUCCUUCACGCGUGCCUCUCGUACCUCAACAUGCGCGACUUUGAGCACCUCGGGCACGCCGGCGGCGGCGGCUCCGGCUCCGGCUUCGGCUCGGUGCCCGUCUCGUACGAGGAGUCCCGGCACUGGCAGCGCAGCGUGCACGACCAGCGGCGGCUGAUUGUGUCCAGCUACCCGUUCCUGCAGUACGCCGUGCGCAACCUGCUCUUCCACAUGCUGGCGCCGCAGCACUUCCGCUACUUCCUGCCGCAGAACGACGUCCUGCGCCUCCUGUCGGCCGACCGCUGCCGCCUGUGGCGCCGCUGGACCGCCCUGCUCGGCGUCGCCAGCCCCGCCGACCCGGACGCCGUCCUCGCCGCCCACGAGGACGCGGACCCCGCCGGCCCCGCCGCCCGCCUGCUCAGCCCCAGGACCCUGUGGUCGCCGAGGUCGCCGGCGUCAAAGGGCGGCCCGCUGUCGCCGCUCUCGCCGCUGUCGAGGUCGGGCACCCCGACGCCGGUUGCCGAGCAGCUUCUAGCAACGAAACUCUGGCAUUCGGGGCGAUGGAAAAAGAGCGAAAUGAAAGAGAAGCCGAAGGGCGACAAGGCAAGGGUCAAUAUCAUCGAUGAGAAGCUCUGCGACGACAUCCUGAACUACAUCAAGCCCUCCCUGACACGCCAUGCCGGCUGCGAUCUCAUCGACCUCUACCCUGGCGCGGGCCUAUGGAGCCGCAAGCUCCACGAGGUCCUACAGCCACGCUCGCACAUCCUGAUGGAGCCGGACGACAAGCUGUACGCCCCCUUCCUCGAACCCCUCCUCUCGCGGCCCAACACGACGCUGGUCCCCAAGAGCGGCAUCAUCUGGAAGGACCUCAACGAGGUGCUCUGCAAAACCUACCUCCCGCACCAGACGGAGCACCCCCGCCACGAAACCCCGCAGCGCAACGACACGCUCCUCGUGACGGCCAACCUCGCCUUCUUCCCCAAGAAGCGGUUCCGCGGCUUCGAGAGCGUCGCGGACCUCGUGCUGUACCAGUUCGUCAGCGCCAUCCGCACGGGCUCGCUGUUCCAAAAGUACGGCCUCGUCAGGAUGCUGAUUUGGGCGGGCGACGACGAGAAGUACGGCCUCCUGCCGCGGGCUGUGCAGCGGCGCCGGCGGUCGGCCAUGGACGCCGAGCUCAGCACCGAGUGGCUCGUCGAGUUGGCCGGCGCGGACGCCGACGAGCAGCAGGUGUGGUUCGUGCGAGACCGCGCCAUCGACCAGGAGAGCGGGCGCCAGGUCCUGGACAGGAUGAGGGAGCGCGGCGCCGAGAUACCGCCCGGCCGCGAGACGCAGAUCGUCAAGGACCUCCGCGCGUGCGGCGAGGACGCGUGGUCUGCUGCGGGCGAGAAGGCGGCCUUCUUUGAGCGGCCGUACCUUGUCGAGCUCAAGGCCAUGGAGGAGGCGUUUGCGCGGAAGGAAUUCGCCACCAAGACGCCCAAGUAUGACCGCCUCAAAUACCUGCGCUAUCUGCACAACUGGUAUGCCAAGCGCAGCAACAGCAUCAUGGAUCUCCUGGCGGAGCGAGAUGCCAUCGCGGCUAUGCCCGCGGACGCGGCCGGGGUCGAGGAGCGGAAACAGCGCGAAGUCGCAUGGAACGCCAGCGUCAACGAGCUCAACCGGGCGCUGCAGCUGCAGUUCCUCCUCGCGCGCGACAACCUGCACGUCUUCCGGCAGGACCCGCCGGUGAUGAGCUGGGACCGGCGGGAACUGGAGCCGCUGGUGGUCAAGAACACCGAGUUCUUUCCCAACACGAUGCACCCGCUCUUCCGCGAGAUGGGGCCCGGCUCCAACCACAGCGGCGACGUGUUCGAGCUCGUGCUCCGAAGCCUCCUGCAGGCGCCCAAGAGCCCCGUCAGCAAGGUCCUCGAGUCCGUCUACACCGGCGCCGCGGAGGGCAUCCUCCCGCACUGUCCCGGGCUGCGCGACCCGGAGGCGGGGGGUUCGGCCCUGGGCGGUUACGCUGAGGUGUCGCCGCGCGUGCUCAACGAGCGCCAGCUCGUCGAGAUCCUGGAGGCGUGGAUGAAGUGGCCGUUCGCACCGUCGUACGCCGAGCUGGUGGGGCGAGCCGUCGAUGACCAGGACCAGUCGUCCGACGAGGAGGGCAACGUCUUGGGCUCGGUGGAUUUCAUGUGA